CUGGAGAAGGCUAAGCAACCUGUCCAAGGUCCACACAUGGUAAGGUUCUUGGCUUACUGCUCUCUUUACUACACCAUUCCUGAAUUUCUUGCCAGUAUCUCAGCCAGGGUUCUGGAGGCAUCUGCCCAUUCCCUGUGAGGGUACUCAGGCACUGACCAGAACUGAGGAAAAGACCAGCCCAGUGUCAGUUAAACCCAGCUGUAAGACAAGUGACAAAAAGGCCACAUAGCAGACCAAGGCAAGGGAGAAACCUACCUGAGAGUUCAGGGCAAAUGAGCAAAGUUUGAUCUUCACUCUCUUCAGGUACCCACCAUCAUGAACUGAGAGGAACUAGGACAGGAACAUUGGGGUUUGUAGCCAGAGGGAACUGUACUCAUCUAUAUUCCCAAGCUCUGUAUGCAUUCUCUCCUCUCUUAUCUCAUGGCUACAUUAUCCAUCUAUUAUUAACUCCUUUGUAGUUAGAGCCCAACCUUGUCCAGGUCAUGGAAGCAGCCAGCCGUGGGUCGACCCUGCCUUUGGUCAGGACGACCCUUCACUUGAGGAGUAACGGGUUAUGUCCUCUGUUGGCCUGUGUGCACUUGCCUUCUUUACUGAACUCAGCCUCUUGUUUGGCCUACCUUAGGGAGGAAGAAACCAGAUUUGUCAACCUGGAGAAACUUCUAAAGAAAAAGGUAGAAGAUUCGGGGAAAAGACACUGUUCAGGCAACAUGCAUGAAAAUAAUGAGGAAGAGGAAAUUUCUCAGCAAGAAGGCACUGGGGACUAUGAGGUCGAAGAGAUACCUUUUGGGCUUGAACCCCAGAGCCCGGGGUUUGAGUCACAAAGCCCAGAGUUUGAGCCUGAAAGCCCCGGUUUUGAAUCCCAAAGCCCUGGGUUAGUGCCCCCAAGCCCUGAAUUUGCACCCAGAAGCCCUGAGUCAGAUUGUCAGAGCCCUGAGUUUGAACCACAAAGCCCUAGGUAUGAGCCCCAAAGUCCUGGGUAUGAAUCCCAGAGCCCAGGGUAUGGACCCCAAAACCCUGAGUUCAAAACCCAAAGCUCUGAAUUUGAAGCUCAGAGAUCCAAAUUCCAGGAAGGUACAGAGAUGCUUCUCGAUCCUGAGGAAAAGAAUUCCUUGAGCAUCCCCUUAGGAGUCCAUCCCUUGGACUCCUUCACCCAGGGGUUUGGGGAGCAGCCCACAGGGGAUCUUCCCCUAGGCCCACCUUUUGAAAUGCCCACAGGGGCCCUGUUGGCUACACCCCAGUUUGAGAUGCUCCAGAAUCCCCUGGGCCUGACCGGAACCCUGCGAGGUCCAGGCAGACGCGGUGGCCGGGCUAGGGGUGGGCAGGGCCCUCGACCUAAUAUCUGUGGCAUCUGUGGGAAGAGCUUCGGCCGGGGCUCCACUCUGAUCCAGCACCAGCGCAUCCAUACGGGUGAAAAGCCCUAUAAAUGUGAGGUCUGUAGCAAGGCCUUCUCCCAGAGCUCUGACCUCAUAAAACACCAGCGAACCCACACGGGGGAGCGGCCCUACAAGUGUCCCCGUUGUGGCAAGGCCUUCGCUGACAGCUCUUACCUGCUUCGCCACCAGCGCACUCACUCUGGUCAGAAGCCCUACAAGUGCCCGCACUGUGGCAAGGCCUUCGGAGACAGCUCCUACCUCCUGCGGCACCAGCGCACUCACAGCCAUGAGCGGCCCUACAGCUGCCCCGAGUGCGGCAAAUGCUACAGCCAGAACUCAUCCCUGCGUAGUCACCAGAGAGUGCACACCGGGCAGAGGCCCUUCAGCUGUGGCAUCUGUGGCAAGAGCUUCUCCCAGCGCUCGGCACUAAUACCCCAUGCCCGCAGCCAUGCCCGUGAGAAGCCUUUCAAGUGCCCUGAGUGCGGCAAGCGCUUUGGUCAGAGCUCUGUGCUGGCCAUCCACGCGCGCACCCACCUGCCAGGCCGCACCUACAGCUGCCCAGAUUGUGGCAAGACCUUCAAUCGCUCCUCUACUCUGAUUCAGCACCAGCGUUCCCACACAGGCGAGAGGCCCUACAGAUGCGCUGUGUGUGGCAAGGGCUUCUGCCGGUCUUCUACGCUGCUGCAGCAUCACCGAGUCCACAGCGGGGAGCGGCCCUACAAGUGUGAUGACUGUGGAAAGGCCUUCUCACAGAGCUCCGACCUCAUCCGCCACCAGCGGACCCACGCUGCCGGCCGACGCUGACCUGGGGGCUCGUCAGGGGCGGGCCUGUGGUGGUUGGAAGAAAUGGGGACAGGGAGCUAGAAAAAUCUCUAGAAUAGUGGAAAAGCUGGAGGAGAAAAGGAGUUGAGGAUUCUAGGAGGAGAGGGGCUAGCGUCGAGGAAGUUACAUGCCCUGGAGACUUACGGGAAAUGGGUAAUGAAAAGGGGUUGGAGGGAGGCCAAACAGGCAGCAAGAGGCUCUGGGAGAAUCCAGACAGAGGUCAACAGAUAGCUGGCCUCAGCAGUAGCAUGCCCC